AUGCUUCCAUCGAUCAUUUGUGAUAUUAAAACUAGUAUUGGAGAUAAUGAACCAAUCGAUCCAAAUCAAAGAAACCAACUCGAAGAACAAAUUGUAAAAAUUGAAAACAUCAUUACAUAUUUAACCAAUCUACGUAUUAUUUAUCGUAUUUCAACCGCACCAGUAUUGGAAGAUAUGAAGCAAUCAUUGGAACAAUUUGGUAAAUCCAUUGAUUACUUUGUAGUCUUUAUAGCAUUCCAGAACCAACCAAGGCUUCUUGAAGCAUCUCAAAACCAACAAAGAAACCAUUACAUACUUGUUCAACCUCUCCAAAAGAAUUGA